CGCGCAUGCGCGUGAGUGCGUGUGUUAAUGAUUGACAGAGGCUCAUUUCACAACUUACCAAGGGUCACAUCCUAGAGCAUGUUGGAGCCGGGCUCUCGGCUGCGUGCUUCUUGGCAGCUUCUUCCAGGAAGGGCCCCCUCCCCGACAUCAUGAUCUCCAUCACAGAGCUGCAGAAGAUCGGCGUGGGCACGGCUGGCUUCGGCCUCUUCUUCAUCCUCCUCGGAAUCCUGCUGUACUUUGACUCCGUGCUCCUGGCCUUCGGAAACCUCCUGUUCCUGGCCGGCCUCUCCCUCAUCAUCGGCCUGAGGAAAACCUGCUCCUUCUUCUUCCAGAGGCACAAGCUCAAGGCCACGGGCUUCUUCCUGGGGGGCGUGGCCAUCGUGCUGCUGCGCUGGCCGCUCCUGGGCAUGGCCCUGGAAGCCUACGGGUUCUUCAACCUCUUCAAGGGCUUUUUCCCUGUGGCCUUCGGCUUCCUGGGCAAUGCCGUCAACAUCCCCUUCCUGAGUGCGCUGUUCCGGAGGCUCCAGGGCGGCAGCAGCUCCAUGGUCUGAAGAGCAGAGAUGAACCCGCUUCUUAAACUGGGGUCCCGGCUGAGGGGGCCAGGGGGGACAGACGGGCGACCCUGCGCUGACUCAUCCCCGCCCUGCGAGCCGGCUGCCGCCUCUCAAAGGAAGGACAGAGCCAAGGGAGCGGCCGUGCCCCGACCCCCACCCCAGUCAGCCCCUGAGGCUGCCAGGACAGCGGGGAGCAGAAGCAGGGCUCCGGGGGUCAGGCCGGCCUGAUGUCACACCCGUUGGGGACGGGCUUUGAUCACCAUUGAUCAUCCGUCCAGGAG